AUGGUGUGGAGUUCGGAUGUGAUCAAGAGUGUUUCUGAAUCUGGCAACUUCAGCACUACAGCAGUUGAGAUACGUAAAUUCAAACUUCAGCUGGUUGUUGAUAUUCUGGUGGCACAGGCAGUCGUCUCCAUGUUCUACUGGUUCAGUCCCUGCAGGUUACUGGCAAAAGCUGUUGGGGACAGCUGUGCUGCCCUCUGUGGCAGCUCUCCACAAAUAAAUGGGAAGACAGCAGAGAAGGGCCUCCAAGUCCCACUGUUGACCACAACCUGCCCUUCAGCAGCGGGAACGUCUGCACCCCAGCUCAAGGUCCUUUCUCACAACUUGUGUACAGUGUUAAAUGUUCCCCACGAUCCAGUGGCCUUGGAAGAGCACUUUAGGGACGAUGAUGAAGGACCAGUUUCCAAUCAGGGUUACAUGCCUUAUCUAAACAAAUUCAUCUUGGAAAAGGUUCAAGGAAACUUUGACAAAGUUGAAUUCAACAGGAUGUGCUGGACUCUCUGUGCUAAAAAGAACCUCUCUAAAAGUCCUUUGCUGAUUAGUGAUGAAGAUGCAUUUAAAGUGUGGGUUAUUUUUAACUUCUUAUCAGAGGACAAAUACCCUUUAAUCAUUGUACCUGAGGAGAUUGAAUAUUUGCUUAAAAAACUCACUGAAGCAAUGGGAGCAGGCUGGCAGCAAGAGCAGUUUGACCAUUAUAAGAUUGCUCUCAACACCAGUCGAGAAGGUCUUUCUGCAUGGGAGCUGAUUGAUCUCAUCGGAAGUGGGCAGUUCAGUAAAGGGAUGGACCGACAGACGGUGUCCAUGGCAAUCAAUGAAGUCUUUAAUGAGCUCAUCUUAGAUGUACUCAAACAGGGCUAUAUGUUGAAAAAAGGUCAUAAAAGGAAAAAUUGGACGGAACGAUGGUUUGUGCUAAAACCCAAUAUUAUUUCCUACUAUGUAAGUGAAGAUUUAAAGGACAAGAAGGGAGACAUCAUACUGGAUGGCAACUGUUGUGUAGAGGCCUUGCCUGACAAAGAUGGAAAGAAAUGCCUUUUUCUCAUAAAAUGUCUUGAUAAAAGCUUUGAGAUCAGUGCCUCUGAUAAAAAGAAGAAGCAGGAGUGGAUUCAAGCCAUACAGACCACUGUAAACCUGCUGAGAGUGGGGAGCCCUCCACCCCACAAAGAAGCACGCCAAAAACGAAAAGAAUUGCGCCAGAAGCUGUUGGCUGAGCAAGAAGAACUGGAGCGACAGAUGAAGGAACUGCAGACGGCUAACGAGAACAAGCAGAAGGAACUGGAGACCGUGCGAAAGCAACUGGAAGCAGCAGCUGCUCGUGCUGCUGAGGAAGAGAAGAAAAGACUCCAGACUCAAGUCGAAUUACAAGAUCGAUUCAGUUUGGAGCUGGAGAGAGAAAAAAUGGUAAGACAAAAAAUGGAAGAGCAGGUUGCUCAGAAAUCAUCUGAACUGGAACAAUAUUUACAGAGAGUAUGUGAACUGGAAGAAAUGUAUAAGCAGCUACAGGAAGCUUUGGAGGAUGAGAAACAGGCACGUCAAGAUGAAGAGACUGUAAGGAAACUUCAAGCCAGAUUACUGGAAGAAGAGUCAGCAAAGAGAGCUGAACUGGAAAAAUGGCACUUGCAGCAGCAACAGACCAUUCAGAUGACAGAAGCAGAGAAGCAAGAGCUAGAAAACCAGAGAAUGAUAAAGGAACAGGCUCUUCAAGUUGCUAUGCAGCAACUGGAACAACUUGAAUUGGAAAGGAAGGAGGCCCUUGAGCAAUAUGAGGAGGUUAAGAAGAAGUUGGAAACAGCAGCUAAUAACACCAAGAGCUGGAAAGAUAAAGUAGCUCAUCAUGAGGGAUUAAUUCGACUAAUAGAGCCAGGUUCCAAGAACCCUCACCUCAUCACAAACUGGGGCCCGGCCGCCUUCACUGCAGCUGAACUCGAGCAAAGACAAAAGAGCUGGAAAGGGAAAAAAAACACUUCUGAGUAACGACAGAGGCUGAUGUACCAUUUGUGAACAGAAGCCCACCUUCCUUCGUUCUGCUUUGCACAGAGCAGCUUCUUGCUUAUAAAGAGCUUAUUUUGCUCAGCAGGUUGGGCCUUUCUACAAAGGAAACACUGCUGACCACACAGAAGUGUCUGCUCAGAGCUCAGUCAUUAUCAUAUGUCAUGUCUGACAGUGCUUGCUGUUUUUUCUCAUUUCUAGAAAUUCUGUUUUUAUACAAAACUUUUCCACUGCAGAUUUUUAUUUAAAUGUAGCUUGUGACGGAGUUGUUUCUAUACUAGCCUGUAACAACCUGACAGCAUCUAACCAGUCUAGCAGCAUCACCUUCAUUCCAAAAAGGGAAGCAAUUGUUUAAUUGGUUCAGUUAGUUAGCGUAAUUUAAACCCAGGACUGGGGUUUAAAUCAGUCCUGGUGGUUCUGUCCGUCUGUUGCUCUGUGCUUAGUGCUCAGAAACAUUCUUCCUUCACGAGGGUAGGCUGUCAUGGCCGGGUCCCUGCUGGCUGAUCUGAUUUUCUGUCCUGUUUUCCUCUCUUUGAAGGAAUCCAAACAAAAGAACUGGAAAUAGGCACGUACAAAAUGCUGCUGUAAAACAUUUAGAAAAAGUAGUCAUGUGAAAUUGUUCUUGUACUGUCUCAUACUUGAGAAGGCUGAAAAAAACCCUUGAGAAUUUUGUUCAUAGUUUAAAAGAUGCACAGUUUUGACUUACAGAUUUCUGGAACAGAUGAAUCAAAGACGAUAGCACAUACAGGCCAAAUACCAUUUGCAUCAAGGCAGUGUUUGUGUAAGAAAUCUGAUUAUAGCAUACCACCAUCUUAGAUGCAGCAUUUUUGUCUUAUUCUUAACUGGAGGUAAAAUUU